AUGUCUAUGUCAUCGGAGCUAGCCGCUGCGAUCGAGGAUGAGGAUCUUCACAUAAAUGUCCGAGACUUGGCUCCAAAAGGACGAACUGGGGACAUCUCCACUUUUCAGCGCAUGAUUUCAGCUUGUCUGGGGUCUUUCAUCACGUCACUAGUAGUUACUCCGUUUGAUGUGGUCCGGAUUAGAAUUCAGCAACAGGAAGUGAUGCCUAAAGGAUACAGCUGCUGUGAGCCAACGCCACAAGCCGCGCAAAUGAUAAAGUCUGCAGCUGGGACGAUGGAGUCACCUGCUCCCGGAGUCUUUUGGAUCAAUCAGCAUUAUUGUUCUUCUGCAGAGCAAUGUCCUCGCAUAACCUCAACAUUCCAAGGAAUGAUGUCCAUCAGCCGGAAUGAGGGUCUUGGCACGUUAUGGCGUGGUCUAGGCUUGACCUUGUUCAUGGGUAUUCCAGCCAACAUCAUCUACUUCACAGGCUACGAAUACGUCAGAGACCACUCCCCUAUCCUGAACCAUCCACUUAAUCCAUUACUUUGUGGCCUGUUUGCACGAACCGUGGCUGCCACUGUGGUUUCACCGGUGGAGCUUCUCAAAACUAGACUUCAGUCGAUCCCUUCAGAAACUCGUGGUGUCCAACAAAACAAAAUAUUAUCCACAUUGCUUAGAGACUCACUUGAGGCCAUCCGCGCUAAUGGAUUGGGAUCGAUGUUUACAGGAUUGAAGAUUACACUCUGGAGAGAUGUGCCUUUCCUGGGUAUUUAUUGGCUGUGCUACGAACUUUUCAAAGACCGCAUAGGUCGUACCAUAGGGGUGGAUUUUGAUGCCACAGCACAGAAACAGGAGGACUGGAAGGUUUUCACCACUAGUUUCUUGUCGGGUUCUGGAGCCGGAAUCAUUGCUGCAUUUUUCACCAACCCAUUUGAUGUUGGCAAAACUCGUCUCCAAAUUGCAACAGACAAGAAGCCGCAUACCAAGCACUCGAUGUUCAGAUUUCUCUACUCCAUUUACUCCAAGGAAGGUGUUGGUGCACUUUACUCAGGGUUUGGUCCUCGUGUGAUGAAGAUUGCUCCUUCUUGUGCAAUUAUGAUAUCCUCGUACGAGAUCGGGAAGAAAAUUUUCAAAGACAACUUAUAA